CUCAGUAUGUGAAGUAUUCUCGCGGAAUUGCAAGUGCGCGACACGCACGCGAUAAGUUUUGGUUUGUUUGGCGGCGCGAGCGACACCGUCGGUGUGUGUGUGCGCGCGUGUGUGAAGGCGGGUAUAUGAGCGCGCGCGCACUCCCCGCCGCCGCGCGCACCGAGCCGGACUCGUUAUGUAAAAGAGCGAGCAGGCGGCGGCGCGAGCACUCGGGCUUGAGGAGGCAGGCAGUCCGCGUAGGUGGAGCUCGAGCGCGCGCUGACUGACUCUGACUCUGACUCUGGGACUGAAGUUCUGCAUCUACGGCACGCGGGGUCAGCGGCGAUGAUGAGCCCGGCGGCGCUCGCGCUCUCACUCGCGCUGCUGCUGCUCCGCGGCACGGAAACGCACGCGCUCACCGUUAGAACACAGCGGUCCGGGAGCACGCGGAGAGACGACACCAAUCGCCUCACAGACUUGUUCCGUCAAGAGGAGGUUGUCAUGGUUACGGGAGGCGGGCAGAUCCACAGCCCGCGGUACCCGAACGCCUACCCCCGGAACCUGCUGUUGUCAUGGAGACUUCGCUCCGCCGUACACACGCACUUCCUGCUGGAGUUCGACGUGCAGUUCGGCCUGGAGGAGCCCGAGAACAACGUCUGCAGGUAUGACUUUGUAGAGGUGGAGGACAUAUCUGAGAACACCACUAUAAUCUGGGGUCGCUGGUGUGGGAGAAAAGCUCCCAGGCCCAUAACAUCCAGGACCAACCACAUCAAGAUCACAUUCAAAUCGGACGAUUACUUCGUGGCCAAGCCAGGAUUCAAACUCUGCUACUCUCUGGUGAAUGAUCCUCUGCCGUCCUUUACUAGCUGGGAGACGGUCACAGGUGCAUCGGGUGUAACUGAAGCUCCCCUCUCAGCGGAUGAUCUUGAUGAUGUCAUCGCUGGGUUCAGUACAGUUGAGGAGGUCAUGAAGCACAUGAACCCUCAAACCUGGCAGCAGGAUCUCAACAGCAUCUACACUCACACACACUACUACAUACCACGCAGUUAUUACACCGACCGCAAACAGAAGGUUGAUCUGGAUCGUCUGAAUGAAGACGUUAAGCAGUUCAGUUGCACUCCGCGCAAUUUCUCUGUGAACCUGCGGGAGGAGCUGAAGGCCACCAACGCAGUGUUUUUCCCACGAUGCCUGCUUGUGAAGCGCUGUGGUGGAAACUGUGGCUGUGGCACGAACAACUGGAACUCUUGCAGUUGCAGCGCUGGCAAAACCGUCAACAAACUACACGAGGUGCUGAAGUUCUCUCCGGGACAGAACUACUACAGGAAGAAGACCAGAGCACGCUGGGUUCUGGAGGAGAUCCACCUGCAGCACCACGAACGCUGCGAGUGUGUGUGUCACUCACGGCCUCCUCGAUGAACAUACACACACACCUACAUACAUACAGCGUCCUCUCUGUGUUCUCUCCAGCCUUGACUGAUGCAGAUAUGUAGCCUUCUGUCUGUCGAUAUUUUGUAGUUUUAUUUGUCAGUGCCUUCCUGCACACACACACACACACACACACACACACACACACACACACACACACACACAGAGUAACUGCAGUAUUAUUUAUUUCUGUGUUUUAUAUGGAAAGUAUUAUAGACAGUAAUGGGACCAAACCAACCUGAAAAAAUAGCUUUUGUUUCUGCCAGCUUUACACACACACACACACACACACACACACACACGUCUGUCCUCUCUGCAACUCUGGAACAUCAAAGAAAAACCCAGAGGACUGUUACACCCUCCUACAAAAACAUUGCAUUCCCUUCAUUCCAGCUCUCUCGCUCACUCUCUACUCAAAAACAGCCGCUCUCACCUGCACACAGGUGUUUAUGCUCAAACAGUCAUCAUCUUUUACAACCUUUCCAGUCAAUUUCCAAAUGCGUCCAUUUCCUGUCUCCAGACUCCACCCACAAAUGUGUUCUUUCUGAGCUAAUGUUGGGAGGUUGAACCAGCUUUACAGACUGAGUUUAUAUCACAAUACCUACAUUUAGAGUAUAGAAUGUUUUGAGGUGUUAUUUUACAUUUGGUGUAAUGGGAUUCCUAUCAAAGUUCUGUAAAACUUGUCCAACUUCACAAUAGUAGCUACAAAACCAUACCUUUGUAAGCAUGAAUAGGUCAGUUUAUGGAGAAUGGAGAAUAAAACCUGUUUAAGUUGAUCAUCUUAGUUGUUUGAGCUAAACAAAUGAUUCGGUUUAUUUUUGUUAUAAAUAUUCUGACAAUAUGUUUCUGUCUCUGAAUUAGUGACAUAAAUGAUUGUGGAGAUCAGCGAAGACUGAGUACCAAAACAAAACCAAAUACCAAAGACUUUACACUCUGAGAUUUAAACUGUUUUAUAUGUAACUUUUCAAAAGCACAAUAAAUUGAUACGUUUUUCCAUGUUU